AUGAGUACAGCAGCACAAGGUCGUGAUUCAGGUGUGACAAUAGGUAUUGACUUGGGCACAGCAUAUUCAUGUGUUGCUGUUUGUCAAAAUGGUCGAGUUGAAAUAAUUCCAAAUGAACAAGGAAAUCGAAUAACACCAUCAUAUGUUACAUUUAAUAAUAAUGGACGAUUAAUUGGUGAUGAAGCUAAAAAUCAAACAUCUAUCAAUCCACGUAAUACAAUUUUUCAUACUAAACGACUUAUUGGUCGAAAAUUUAAUGAUCCAGAUGUUCAAUCUGAUCUGAAACAUUGGCCAUUUAAAGUUAUUAAUGAUAAUGGAAGACCAAAGAUUGAAGUUACAUAUAAAAAUCAAACAAAAGUCUUUACUCCUGAAGAAAUCUCAUCAAUGAUACUAAUCAAAAUGAAAAAUAUUGCAGAGAUAUAUCUUGGAAAAAAAGUCUCAUCAGCUGUUAUUACAGUUCCAGCUUCUUUUAAUAGUUCUCAGCGUCAAUCAACGAAAGAUGCUGGAACUAUUGCUGGUCUUCAUGUACUACGUAUUAUCAAUGAAUCAUCAGCAGCUGCUCUUGCUUAUGGCUUCGAUCAAGAAAAUAUAUCUAAAGAAAGAAAUAUUCUUGUGUUUGAUUUGGGUGGUGGAACAUUCAGUGUAUCAAUAGUUUCAAUUACAGAAGGAAUAUUUGAGGUUAAAUCAACAGCUGGUGUUGCACACUUAGGUGGUGAAGAUUUUCAUAAUCGAAUGGUUCACCAUUUCGUUCAAGAACUUAAACGUAAAUAUGGCAAAGAUUUACAAAGUGAUGAGUGUGCACUUCAACGAUUACGCAUAGCUUGUGAACAUGCUAAACUUGUUUUAUCUUCAUCAUCUCAAGCAUCAAUUGAAAUCGAUUCAUUACAUGAACAAAUCGAUUUUUAUUCAACAAUAACUCGUGAUCGUUUUGAACAACUUAAUCAUGAUUUAUUUCGUCUAAUACUUGCACCUGUUGAAAAAUCUUUACGUGAUGCUAAAAUGGAUAAAUCACAAAUUCAUGAAAUUGUUCUUGUUGGUGGUUCAACACGUAUACCAAAAGUACAAAAACUUUUACAAGAUUUCUUUAACGGAAAACAGUUAUAUAAAUCGAUAAAUCCAGAUGAAGCUGUUGCAUAUGGUGCAGCGAUUGAAGCAGCUAUUUUAACUGGUGACAAAUCAAAAAAGCUUGAAGAUAUAUUGCUGUUCGAUGUUGUAUCACUUCCAUUAGGUAUUGAAGCAUCUGAUGGUACUAUGGCUGUUGUAAUUACACGUAAUACACGACUUCCAGAAGUACAAACACGAACAUUUACAACUCAUAAAGAUAAUCAGCUUGGCUGUGAUAUCAAAGUUUUUGAAGGUGAACAGCUUAUGGCAAAAAAUAAUUAUAUGCUUGCAAGUUUUCAAUUUUUUCCCAUUCAUCCAGCACCUCAAGGUCAACCAAAGAUUGAAGUUACAUUUGAUAUUGAUGUAAAUGGAAUAUUAAAAGUCUCAGCUGUAGAGAAAACUUUUGGAAAAGCGAAAAAAAUGACAGUGACAACUGAUAGCGGAUAUUUAUCUAAAGAUGAACUUAAACGUAUGAUUAAUGAGGCUCAAAUUGAACAAGAUUGGAUUGAAGCGAAUAAUUCUCUUCAAUCAUAUUGUCUUCAUAUAAAAAGUACUAUCGAUGAUGAAAACUUUACAACUACAAUCGAUGACUAUGAUAAGAAGAAAAUGAUCUAUGUUGCUGAAAAAACAUUGGUCUGGUCAGAAAUAAAUCAAUUUGUUAAUAAAGAAGAAUUGGAAGAUAAAUUAAAAGAAAUUAAAAAAAUGUGUUCAUCAUUAACGAUGGAAGUUCAACCAGUGACGAGUCGUUUUUAUAAUGCUUGUCAAGAUAAUAAUAGCAGUUUGGUUAAACAUUAUUUGGAAAUAAUGUCAACGGAACAAAUUAAUCAAAUAGAAUCAAAUGGAUCGAGUGCUCUUCAUGCAGCGGCAUUUUAUGGACAUGAAGAAGUUGUUCAGAUCUUAUUAAAAAAAGGUGCUUGUUGUUCAAAAAAAAAUAAAUAUAAUUGUACUCCACUCGAAGAAGCUAAAACUGAUAAAAUCAAACAAAUGAUUCGUCGUCGAAUGAAUAAAACUCGUUUUGUUUCUGAUUCUAUCACAUGGACGCUUGCUACAAAUGAUGCAGAUGUUCAAGCACAUCGAUAUUUCAAAUUCAUGGAACUAUUUGUUAGACCUCCAGAACUGGACAAAUUGAUCAGUUAUAUUAAAACAAAUUAUCUUGAAACAGACUUGAAAGAUAUCGAUGAUUUUCAUACAAUAAAAGAAUAUUUCGAUAUGGCGAUAAACGAAAAUGAUCCAAUUUAUUUACUAAAAGCAUAUACAGCUGAAACUGGUUUUUAUCCUAAACUUAAUCUUCAUAUAGCACAAUUAACUUCUGAAAAUUUAACUGAUAAAUAUAUCGUCGGUCGAACAUUAUAUGUUGCAAUAAUUGCUCGACAUCCAAAAUUAGAAACAUUAUCAUAUACCGGAAUAACAUAUCGUAGUAUGAUAAUUACUUCUAAUGAUCUAGAACAAUGCAAAAUAGAUACACGAAUUUUAAUAAAAACAUUUUUCUCAACAUCAAAACAAAUGAAUAUAGUACUAAGAUUUCUUCACAAUAAUGUUGAUAUAGAUGAUCGAUUAAGUGUAAUAUGUGAAUAUGAAAUACUUAAUCAAAGAACUGCAUUAGAUAUUCAAUAUAUAUCAUUAUUUGAAGGUGAACAAGAAGUAUUAAUUCUACCAUAUUCAAUAUUUAAAAUAGUUGAUAUUAAAAUCGAUGAGAACAAUUCACCGCAAGUGGAAAUAAAACUAAAAGAAUGUAAACUAAAAUAG